ACAGCCAGCACCCACCAUGGUCUCCAUGGGGCUCCAGCUGCUAGGCUACGCCGUGGCCUUCCUGGGCUACAUCGGCACGCUGACGGCCACGUUGCUGCCCAGCUGGAAGACCAGCUCCUACAUCGGCUCCAGCAUUGUGACAGCUGUGAGCUUCACCAAGGGGCUGUGGAUGGAGUGCGCCACAUACAGCACGGGCAUCACCCAGUGUGACAUCUACAGCUCCCUGCUCAACCUGCCUGCCGACAUCCAGGCAGCCCAAGCCCUGAUGGUGAGCUCCUGCGCUGUCUCAUCCCUCGCCUGCCUCCUCACCGUCGUGGGUAUGAGGUGCACCGUCUUCAGCCAGGGCUCGCCGGGCAAGGACCGGGUGGCGGUGGCAGGUGGCACUGUCUUCAUCCUCGGGGGGCUGCUCUGUUUCAUCCCGCUGGUGUGGAACAUCCAUGUGGUGCUGCGGGAUUUCCACAACCCCAGCCUCCCUGACAGCAUGAAGUUUGAGCUCGGGGAGGCGCUUUACCUGGGCAUCAUCUCCUCCCUCCUCUCCCUUGUUGGCGGCUUCAUCCUCUGCACCUCCUGCCCUGCCCGGGACCCAACAACCACCUACACGAGCACCUACCAGCCCCGGCUGCUGGCGAGCAAGAGUCCCCGGCCCUCCGUCAGCCAGACGCAGAAGACCAAGAGUGAGCUCAACUCCUACAACCUGACGGGAUAUGUGUAG